CCGGCCGCCGCCGCCGCCGCCAUGGAGUCGAACAGGGACGAGGCGGAGCGGUGCAUCGGCAUUGCGCUGGCCGCCGCCAGGGCCAACCAGACCGACAAGGCCCGCCGCUUCCUGGAGAAGGCGCAGCGCUUGUACCCCUCGCCACGGGUCCGCGUUCUGCUUGAAUCACUGAACAAGAACGAGCAGUCAGCCAAUGGCCAGUCCCAGUCCAAGGAGUCCACAAAUCCUCACUUCAGGAAGAUGAGCGGAGACUUCCCUUCGGCCAACGGAGAGGCUGGUGGGGAGGCCCCCAAGGGCUACACUCAGGACCAGGUGGAUGCAGUGAAGAGGGUAAAGCAAUGCAAAGAUUACUAUGAAAUUCUGGGAGUAAACAGAGAAGCUUCUGACGAGGACCUGAAAAAGGCUUACCGGAAACUUGCACUGAAGUUUCACCCAGAUAAGAACCACGCACCAGGGGCUACAGAGGCAUUUAAAGCCAUCGGUAACGCGUACGCCGUGUUGAGCAACCCGGAGAAGAGGAAGCAGUAUGACCAGUUUGGAGAUGAGAAACUCAACCCUGCUCGCCAUGGCCACAGUCACUCAGAUUUCCACCGCGGCUUCGAGGCAGACAUCUCACCCGAGGACCUCUUCAACAUGUUUUUUGGUGGUGGUUUUCCUUCUAGUAACGUUCAUGUCUACAGCAACGGCAGGAUGCGAUAUACCUACCAUCAGAGGCAGGACAGGCGAGAACACCAGGGUGAUGGUGGCCUUGGCUUGUUUGUCCAGCUGAUGCCUAUCCUCAUCCUGAUCAUUGUGUCUGCUCUCAGCCAGAUGAUGGUCUCCAGCCCACCCUACAGUUUGAGCCACAGGCCGUCUGUGGGUCACACACACAGGAGAGUGACAGAGCACUUGAAAGUCCCCUACUACGUCUCUGAGAACUUUGCAGACGAGUACACGGGCACCAACCUGAAGAACGUUGAGAGGAGCGUGGAGGAUGACUACAUUGCCAACCUUCGAAAUAACUGCUGGAAAGAGAAGCAGCAGAAGGAAGGCUUGCUGUAUCGGGCACGCUACUUCGGAGACUCGGAUCUGUACCAGCGGGCACAGAAGAUGGGCACCCCCAGCUGCAGCAGACUGUCAGACGUUCAGGCCUCUCUGCACGGAUAGUCCCCGCCGGCCCGCUCGGCAGAGUUCUAAACUUGAAAUGCCUGAAGACUUUUUGGUGAAGCGUGCUGAGCUGAGGUGACAGAGACUUGACAUUUACCACGAAUCAGACCUUUUAUCUUCAAAAAUGGAAUUGGAGAACUUAAGCGACGCACAAAGUGACACCUCCCUUCUCUCCGCCUGCCUCCGCUGCUCGACCUUGCCGUCCCGGGCAGCGAGCGGGGCAGGAAAUCAGGCUGCUGCCCAAUCUUCCUCCUUCCCCUUCCCAACCAGUCUCCUUGCUCCCGGGAUCCCAUCACCCACACAGAGUGGGAAACGUAACACUAAACUAACUGCAGAAGCCCCGAGGCAGAAGGAGACCCUUAUGCCACCAGGCUUGGUCGCUGCCGAUGGGGGGAGAGAGAGAGAGAGAGAAAUUGGACGAUUUGCUGACACAACUUUCAAAAGAAAAAUAUAAUCUAUUUAGAGUUAAUUUAUAGCUGUAUAUACGUUGUACUUUUAAACUAUGCAGGGGUUGGAUGAUUAAAUUAUUUCGUUUUCUGUCCAGUUUGGCAAAGAAGGAAGCAGGGAAGAUCCCUUCCCAGGGAGGUGUCUCGCUCCUGCAGCGCUUUCCUGCCCAACUCUGAGUCCAGCCUCCCUUGGCAGCUGCGGUAGCUUUGCUUGCUGGAGGACAGCGGCGUUCUGCGGCGUGGGAUGUGCCAGUGCCAGCCUCUGAGGGGGUUAAGCAAAGAAAUUCCACAUCUGUAGGAGGUGACAGAGAAACGGAAGGGGGGGCUGGGGGCCGGCGGGGAGCUGCCCGGCUCUGCCCGGCUCUGCGGCGGGGCUUUUGCAGUGCUGGCAGUCAGCUGAGCCCCGGCGUCGCACUCGCUGAGGGGAAGGAUUGUCCUGGAUGGCUUUUGCUCAGCGUUGGGUCAAUUUGUGCACGGAACUUCAUUUUUUUUUGCAGAGCCUGCUUUAAUUCUGCCUCGUAAUCACCGGGCACUCGUGCUGUAAAGAGGCCUUUCCGCCCACCACCUCCCUCUGCAGGGGUUUUGUCUGACCCAGCCUGGGCUGGGGAGUCCUCACCCACCCAGCAGCGCUCCUGUUUGCAGUGUGGCUGUGGCCUUGACACCCUGUCCCUGAUGCUUCCUAGAGGAGACCUGUAAAAUACUGCAAAUUCCUAAGAAAAGGAGCUUCCUACUGCUUCUGUUGAAAGAAGUUUUUGGGGGGGAAGAGGGCAGAGUGCAGCCCAAGCUCUCCUUGGCACCCACCUGAGUUCUGCAGCACAUCUCUUGCUGGAGGACGGGUGGCAGAGUGGCAGGAGGGAGCGGGGGGUUAGGAGCCAUCACUUUAAAGCAAAGCUGGCACUGGCAGAGCUACCUGCCAUGGGAUAAACUGGAUUUAUUUUAUUGUUUUGGGGUACUCUGCAGCUCACGUUUUUGUCUAAAGCCGUUUCCAGUGAGAACCAUCUCCCAGCACGCUUGGGGGAAUGACUCAAAAGCACGGUGACUCCCAGGUGGGGUGGCCAGGGCUGGAAGAGAGCUGAGGGGUGAGGUGGUUUUGUUUUUCUCUCUGGUUAGGAAUCCAAGUGUUCUGUUUUCAGCUGUUUGUUUAUUUAGCAGAAUAUCAGCCCUCCUGGUAACUUGCAAACCUUACCCCACAGCCACCACCACUCACACCUGAUUGGAAGGGGGUUUUUAUUAAGCAAUUCCUUUUGGAAGGAAUUGGGUGGGAUUCUAUGAUGUAGAAGUCACUCUUCAGAGAGGCACAGGCAUGGGGAAGGGGCUAACUGAAAAUGGGGCUCACAGAAGGUGCUGGGUGUCCUACACAACACCCAGAGCCUGCACACCAAAACCUCCUGAUUCUUUUCUUUUCCCAAUAGCCACCCGUGGCUAGUGAGGAGCAAGGAAGCGUUGAUCCUGAGGGAUGCUGACAGGGGCUGUACCUCUCUGUCUAGAAUUAAUUCUACCAGUUGUACAUCUAUAAAUAAAUGUUUAUAAGAUGA